AAUGAUUAUUAUUAUGAAAAUCCGUGAAAUGCAAGCUGAAAAAAGUUAGACAACCAUCGUAAUAAUUUUUCCCUGUUAUUUAGGUUCUUGAAAUAUAGAAUCGUGAUAGUGUGCAUCGUUUGAGGAGUAUUGUGCCCACAGGAGUUAAGUGUUAUCAAAGGAUUAAAAGGCAAAGCGUAAAACUGCUCUGAAAAAGAUAGAGCGAUUUCCAAAGUGCUGAAAAUGGCUUCGUUAGGAAUAUCGUGUGUGCGCUAUUUGGUGUUUUUCUUCAAUUUCCUGUUUGCGAUCUCCGGCCUAGUCGUGAUUGUUACGGGAGCCAUCAUUCAAUCAAACUACUAUCAUUACUCGAACUUUGUCGGUGAUAACUUCUGGACUGCCCCGAUAGUGCUGAUCGUGAUCGGUUCCAUCAUCUUCGUGGUGGCAUGUUUCGGAUGUUGCGGUGCGGCAAAGGAAAGCCCAUGCAUGAUCAUCACGUUCUCCAUCCUCCUGGGUCUGGUGUUUCUGGCUGAGAUCGGCAUCGGUAUUGCCGGAUACUACAAGCACGAGGAGCUGGGAGGAAUUUUGGAGAAGGGCUUCAACAAGACGCUGGACAGCUACGCCACGGACAAGGGCGCCCAAGAGGCGUGGAAUCUGGUGCAGUCGGAGAUGAUGUGCUGCGGUAUCAUGGGCCCAGAGGACUGGGAGCCAAUCUAUAAGAACGACACCGUGCCGCGCGCCUGCUGCCAUCGGAUGCCGGUCGGUGUGAACAAGUGCACCCGCGAGUACGCGUCGACCGAGGGCUGCUUCUCAAAGCUGUCCAGCUACCUCGGCGCAAAGUCGCUCAUCCUGGCCGGCAUCGGCAUCGGAUUGGCUAUCGUACAGUUGAUUGCAGUCCUGCUAGCUUGCUGCCUGUACAGUUCCUUCCGGCGCCAAUACGAAACGGUCUAAAUGGAUGCCAAGGUAUCUACAGAAUUGCGAAUGGAGUUGGCUCUGACCAAUAUUCAUUCAGUCAACGAUAGCAUUCGCGACAGAUGAAACAAUGAUUCGGGUGUAUAUAUAAUAUGCCUCGAAUUAUCAUUUCGUCAACACCAACCUCGACCACAUGUUCGCGUUUUGGACGGCACGCUCGGCUCCGAAGCGGAGUUGACGGAGAUGUGUUUCCGCCGCACGGUAGAAGAGAUCAUACUCGAAGGCCCACUCGUAUGCCGCUCGUUCCUGUACCACAAACGCAAGAUGGUCCACCCCGUCAUGCUGACUGUGGCUCAAAGCAUGGACCGCAGGCGAAAAGACCUCGAGCAGCGUGUGAAGCACGAGCUGAAUGGUGGUAGAGGAGAGUUGGUUCAGAAGACAGCAGGAUCCUCGGAGUUAUCGAGCUCCCGGGGCGGGAAAGGGAAAGCAAAGAAUAAGCUUAAUUUUGCAACCAUUUGCAAAACGUAGGGUUACUAACUCGGAUCAAAUAUAUGUUGUUCCAUUUUUUAGCUUCUUUCUGCCCUUUUUUAAAUGUCCCCUAUUUCCCAGAUAGCAGUAUGUUUG